UUUCAUUUUCUUUCAUUGUCCCAUGUGCACUAUUUAUGAAUAUCAAUUAAAUUGAAUUGAUUUGUAGUAUUGUAACUUAAAUUAUUAUAGAAUACAAGUUACUCGAAAUACAAUCCAAUAUGGAUGUUUUAUCGCGACCUGCUGAAGAGUUCGGCAAUGAUGAAACUUUGGAGCGGUUAUGGGCUGCAAAAGCUAUGGAGCACAGUGACAUAUACUUCAAUAUGCUUUGCUCGGUGGACACCAGAUGGCUGCAGUUGACUCCAAACGAUGAUCUUAUUUACACACACUUCAAGCAAGAUUUCCCAGACAUGGAUGUCUCCUAUGUAAAUGAAAAUGAAAUUAAGAACAGCACAAAUAAGGCUAAGUGGAGAAUAUUUUGUGAAAAGUUUAAAAACAUUGUGGAAGACUACAGCUUCGGCACACUCAUGAGAGCUGAUGCCAAGGGAGACUACUCUGAAAUGAAUACAAUGCUUGUUCCCAGAGUACAGUUCUAUGCGAUAGAAAUCGCAAGAAACAGAGAAAAUCUGAACAAUGAAGUUAAAAAACGAUUCAAAUGUAUGGCAAAACCCACCAUAGAGGCUCAAGAACACUCCAGCAAGAUUGCCACAUAAAAGAUGUUACACCAUUCAGGCUAGUUUUGACAAGGAAAGUUUGUUUUUAAACA